AUGGCCGUCCAUCCCAAUCACCAGCACCACCAUCUCGCCGCCUCUCGCCUCCAUCACGGUCGCCGCGUCUCCCCGUCCUCCCAGGCCUUCCUCCUCUCCUUCCUAGCAGCUUCCUCUGUCGUUGCCCUGGCAGUAUUGUUCACGGCGUGUGUGUCGCUGCGUACCGUUUGGUCGAUCUCGUUACAAGCAUUCUCGUUACAAACAUCUGAAACGGAACCGUUCGCUGAGGGGAUAGUUUACAGCGGCGAAUCGCUGGCGUUGAGGGAAGCUGUUGCCAGUUGGCGGUCGCGAGUGGUGUACCAUGUAUUUGUUGACAGAUUCGCUCCUCCCAAGCCCAUUCUAUCUGAACAACAGUGUGCUACCCUCUCUGACUAUUGCGGAGGAACGUUCACGGGGAUGAGGCAGCACUUGCCCUACAUCCGAGGCAUGGGCUUUGACGCACUGCUGAUCGGCCCAGUAACAGUCAACAGCCCCUAUGGUUACCACGGCUACUGGCCUCGUGGCUUUGCCAUGCCUCGUGGUGCAGGGGGAAAGGGGGCGAAAGAACGGUCACAGACGGCCAUCAACCCCCAUCUCGGUACUCCCGAGGAGCUUAAAGCCCUGGUGGAUGCGGCUCAUGCCAUGGGCUUCCUGGUCAUGAUCGAUGUGGUACUCAACCACGUGGGGUGCCCUCAGGGUGGGGGGCCGUGUGACACGUGGCAGGAGGGGAUUCGCCGACCACCAUGGCUCAACGACAGCUAUGCUCCAUUCAACGAGAGCGCCUCCUUCCACCCACCUUGCGAGGUGGAUUUCAGCCAAUACGACGCCGACAACUGGCAGCACUGCUGGCUUGCCAGUCUCCCAGAUUUCAACCAAUCAAACCCUGCUGUUGCCGCAGCACUCGUGAAGUCCACUGCCUAUCUCGUGCACACGUUCUCAUUCGACGCCAUACGAGUCGAUGCAGCACACCACAUGCCACCCGAGUUCGUCCGCUCCCUCGCCUCCCACCUCCGAGUGCCAGCCUUUGCAGAGCUCUCCAUUCCCUUGCUGCCGCUCCCCCACCGUCUGCUGGCAGGGAGAGCGUACACGAACCACGCUACAGCCGAGCUACAGCAGGCGCUACAGCUGGCCAUGGUGAGGGCUUUCACAGGGGGCAACACGGGCAGUGAUGAAUUCACACACAGCCCUGCUGCUGGCUACACUGUCCCUGCUGCCCCUGCUGCUUCCUCCGCCCCGACCUUCCCUGCCUUACCUACUGCUGCCGCUUCUGCCGCUGCAACUGGUGCUACCGCUGCUGCUUCUGCUAGUGCUGAUGCAGCAGAUUUAGCUGGCGCCCCUGCACCCCCUGUCGCCCCUGCUGCGGCUGCUGUGAGGGUAGCAUCUGCGGAAGCAGCGACUAUGGUUGAGCUUGCGAGAGCCAUGGCUGCAGUGUUUGAGGGCGCUGGGAAUGCGGACUUUCAGGGAAGCUUCCUAGACAACCAUGACUCGCCCCGCUUGCUGUGCUUGCUAUAUGGAGACCAGCUGUUGCUGCGCAAUGCGCUCGUGCUGCUGCUCACCACUAGAGGCAUUCCCCUCGUCUACUCAGGCACAGAGCAGGCCUUCAUGGGAGGACCCGACCCGCAGAACCGCGAGUCCCUCUGGCCCUUUCUCAACACGCACCACCCUCUCUACGGCUUCCUGGCUGCUGUCAACCGCUUCCGACACAAGGUGUCCCUGUGGCAGUACAAGCAGCAGCAUAUUCGAUUCGUCUCCACCCGCUUGCUGGUGUUCCAACGUGGGCCAGUGGUUGUUGCGGUUACCAACAGUCCUGCUGAUGCUGAAGCAGUCAACACUGUACAUGUAACGGGUUUGAACUACAGAGAUGGCACCAUUCUUUGCAAUCAGUUGGUUGAUAAUGAGUGCAUUCGUGUAGUGCUGCUGGGAGCGGGCAUGCUCACGGCGCUUGUUCUCCCCCGCCCCAUCGCUCUCGCGCUCACCGCUGCCGCCCUCCUGCCGCCCAUUCUGCGCACUGCGCUGCACAGCUGGCACUGGAGUCGCGCCAGGAAGGGCGGUUCUGGGGGAGGUACAUCUGGGGGAAAGGGGGAGAGGGGGGAGAAGGGGGAAUUGAAGGCUGAGGGGAUUAAGGGGGGCGUAGGAGCUGAGAGGGAGGGGCUUUUGGGGGAGGUACUAUUUGAGCCAGAUAAGACAAUGGCGAAUGGCAAGGAGAACGGAGUCGGUGGGCGGCACGAGGCGGCAGCUUCUGCAAACGUGCUUUCUGUGAAUGGGAUCGAUAUUUUCCAGGGCCGGAUGGCCGGCAAGAUGGACGGCGACUUUUGUCUGUUUCUGAUCGGAGCAAGAGCCAACAAUCCCUUUCCAAUGGGUCCCGCGUUUCCUUCGGUUGGGGAGGUUUUCAACCAAGCUGUGAGGGAGCUGGAGCAGGAGAGUGAGAGGUUUGGGUACCUGGGGGGAGACCACUAUGUGGGCACGGACGUGACACGUGGCUCGCAGACAAUCGCUGUCAUGUACUGGCGCUCGUACGACCACCUUGUCUCGUAUGCCAACGACCAGAACCUCGUGCACGGCUCAGCAUGGAAGCGAAUGACUCAGUUGUUAAGGGACGGCCCUGACAUUGGCGUGUGGCACGAGUCAUAUGCAAUCAAAGCUGGGCAGUACGAAUCAAUUUAUGUUAACUGCCCGGCAUUUGGCCUUGGGGCUGCAGGAAGACUUGUGCCGGCCGCCGGGCCUUUGUCCACAUCUAGAGGGAGAAUGAGAGAGGGAGGUGGGGUGAAAAGGAAGGAAGUAGGAGAGGACGCAGCGAAGCUGCCAGGAGAGAAAGUUGGUAGCAGCAGAUGUCCCAUGGGAUUUUGA